UCUCUCUCUCACACACACACACACACACACCCACACACACCCUCUCUCACAUACACACACACACUCUCUCCCUCUCUCACACACACACACACUCCCUCUCUCACACACACACACACACACUCCCUGUCUCACACACACUCUCUCUCUCUCACACACACACUCCCUCUCUCACACACACACACACACUCCCUGUCUCACACAAACACACACUCUCUCCCUCUCUCACACACACACAUGCUCUCUCCCUCUCUCACACACACACACACACUCUCUCCCUCUCUCACACACACACACUCCCUCUCUCACACACACACUCUCUCUCUCUCACACACACACACACACUCCCUGUCUCACACAAACACACUCUCUCUCUCUCACACACACACUCUCUCCCUCUCACACACACACACACACACUCUCUCCCUCUCUCACACACACACAUGCUCUCUCCCUCUCUCACACACACACUCUCUCCCUCUCUCACACACACACACUCUCUCUCUCACACACACACUCUCUCUCUCACACACACACACACACACUCCCUCUCUCACACACACACACUCUCUCUCUCACACACACACUCUCUCUCUCUCACACACACACACACACUCCCUGUCUCACACAAACACACUCUCUCCCUCUCUCACACACACGCUCUCUCCCUCUCUCACACACACACACACUCUCUCUCCCUCUCUCACACACACACACACACACACUCCCUGUCUCACACACACACACUCCCUCUGUCACACACACACUCCCUCUCACACACACACUCCCUCUCUCACACACACACACUUUCUCUCACACACUCCCUCUCUCACACACACACACACAAACUCUUCACACACACUCUCUCUCACACACACACUCUCUCUCACACACACUUUCUCUCACACACUCUCUCACACACACACACACACUCUCUCACACACACACACUCUCUCACACACACUUUCUCUCACACACACUCUUCAUACACACACACUCCCUCUCUCACACACACUCCCUCUCUCACACACACUUUCUCUCACACACACACUCUCUCUCACACACACUUUCUCUCACACACUCUCUCAUACACACACACUCCCUCUCUCACACACACAUCUCUCUCUCUCACACACACACACACACACAUCAAUCCUUGUUUAUCUAAUAACUUGUUAGAAACAGCACAAGUCAUGAUAAUAUUUCUGAAGUAACUGAGUUACUAACUGAGGUUUGGACGCAUCAUUUGUUUUGAACCAGCAACGGCAGAUUUUUCCUAAUGUUUUAAAAUGUACUUGUUCAUUGAACUGUUGUAUAUAAGCAAUAACACAUGAGCAAGAGUGCGAUAUGUCCCUAUAUCAGCACUGCUGUGAUUACCUACAACACUCGACCUGCAGCCGAAUCCCAGCAGUGCCGAUAUAGGAUCAUAUAGCACUCUUGCUCAUGUGAUAUUGCUUAAAUAAUAAACCUGAGGGUCCCACAGUUAUAAUUUAAUAAUAUGCAAAAUUCAACGGUUUAAAAAAAUCAAAUAUCAAUGAAAUAUCACACGGUCAUACGGACACUUUCAUUAUACAUCGUCCUUUUGUGGAGCUUGAAAAAAAUCAACAUCCAAUUUUGUUGCAUGAAAACAGAAGCUCAGAGGUUCUGCAGAACGGGUCAUACGGGUUUUGAACUACAUGAAUGUGAGCAAACGAUGACAGAACUCUUCCUGUUAUACAAACACACAACGCUUCUUACUCUUGUACUUUUUAUCUUACAUGAUCUAGAACUCUUGAUAGAUUUUUGCACACUUGAAUCUCUGUACAUGUAAUAUAUAUGUAUAUAAUGUCACGUGUACAGCCUAUGAUGAAAUCUCCCUCAUUGUUCCGUGUCUCGCUGGACAGAUGAAGGACGAGCCGUCUGCUGCUAGCGCUGCUGCUUAGAGUUUGUGUGGAUGAUAUUAAAGCACAACACACUGCCAACCUGAUCCACGUGUUCUCUUGAGUGCAUGUAUGAUGUUGGAAAAUGAUCUAAAUGAUGUUUUUGGCGCUAGAAUCCUCGACUGACAUGAUGCCACAUAAAUGAUGCUGACAUGAUGCUGUGUACACACUGACUUCCGGCGACACGAGCUGUCGCGACCGUUGGCGACUAAAUGUGGGCGUGUCCAGCGAUGCGACAAAGUUGAGACAAGUUCAACGUUAUUCAAAUGAAGAGCGACUUACGGAAGCGACAGCCAAUAGGAGAGAUGACGGGAGAGCUCACGUGAUCCCUCUCUCUCUCCUGCAGUAACGGAAAGAUGGAUGAAAGGAUCAUUCUUGCUGUAAGAUGUCUCUUCCCACGUACAAGGACAUUUUUGAGAGAAAUACCGCGUGGAAAGGCGUAUCUGACAUCGCGGGGUUUCCAAGCCGGUUCUCGCCUCCUCCUUGCCCAUCUUAACCCCCUUACAUUGGUGCCAAAACCCGGGAAGGAGGAGGGAUGCCCGUCGCAGAGUCCUCCACACUACCGUCCACCCAGGGGAGCGCCGCUACCAUCUGCCGGGUGACGGAGUAGCCUGACCGUCCGGACGCGGGGAACGGCCGCCGUCCACGGGGCGAGUGGAAACUGGAUUCCCCGACCUCCUGGAGCGAUGGAGCCGCUGCCAGGGGCGGAGGAGUGCCCUGCCGUCCCCCAGAAACGUGGAGGGGUCAAGGGAAGUAACUCCCCGAUCGCCUGGAGCGGUAGGGCCGCUGCCAGGGGCGGAGGAAUGUACCCAGGUGCCGCCAGAAAAGCGGAGGGGCGUUCUGUCCGCUGGGUGUCGGAGAUUUGACUCCGGUUCGCCCGGAGAGGAGCGGCUGUUGUCCGCCGGAGAAUGUUCGAGGACCACGCGACGGUACAUCAGAGAACCGGUCGUGGAAGGCGGGGAUGUCCUAACGGGGCGCAAAGCACGCCCCUCCCCUGGGAAAGAGAGGAGGGGGGGAAUAGGUCAUGCCGGUGGGCCUGCGGUAACGCCGGGAGGAGUGUGGAGCGGAGGGGGGCGGGGCCGGGCUAGAAUGUUGCAUGCCCGGUCCCCAAUCGGCCUGAUGGGGCGCACGAGGGAUAAAGGCGGCCGGUGACGACGGUUCGAGAGAGAGAAUUACGGGCAUGUCCGUCAUGUGUGUGUGUUUAUGUUUGUGCUUUUGGUUUAAGUUUCCAUUAAAUUUUGACAAGCCGGUUCUCGCCUCCUCCUUGCCCAUCUUAACCCCCUUACAUGUGUCUAUAUGGAUAGUAUGGCAUGACCCCUUUAAAAGUAGCAAGAAAUUGACACCACAACAAAGACCACCAGAGCCACAUAUAAAGAUAGAACUGUUUAAUAGUGGCUAUAGGUAAUGCUAUUUGACAUUAAUAAUAAAAAACAAAAACAAUAAACAAGAAUGGCUACAUCUCUGUUCAGCAGUUUGUUAACAUCAGUAUUAUUUAGCGCAGAAUAAAGAGCAUCAAUCAACAAGAAACAGAAACUAAACAAACCCUUCACAACGUCUCCAUGCGACAGAUUUGAGACGUCACCGCACAAAUGAAUCGUGUCAAUGUUGAUUCCGGCACUAAAUACAUCACUGGUGACUGUAGAUAUAGAUUCUUGUGAUCGUGGCUUAACAUGGCACUUCAACUUGAGCAUUCAUUCAAAGAAAUCGAUCUCUUAGCCGAUAGAAUUGGGAUUCUAUACUUUUCCGAUUCAUCCAUUUUAAUCCUGAGAUCAACGUUCAUCAUGGCUCGAGGUAAACGCCUGGACGAAUCGCUCUUGCUUUGUGCUAUCAAAAGCUGAUGCUACUACAACAGAGUUCUUGUUGUCUUCUGAAGCUCCAAAAACGUAAUUUAAUAAACGUUGUUGGAGCUUGCGAAUGUUAAAUGAAAGUGUUAAAGCCAGUACGCACACUUGUGUUUGACACAAUGAACAAACACCAGCUUGAUUCAAGCAAAAUGUUCCACUUUGAAGCAUUCAUGGACAUUUAAAAUGGUUCAAAUCGAGACAUCCAAGAGUUACAAUGUUACAAACAAGUCGCUCGCUUUGCAUUUUUUUAACAAAAAUAGACACGGCUCGACCAGCCUCAGUAUUCCCUUUUAUAUCGUCUUGUAAAAAAAUCACAUGGGCAUAUAUAUACAGGAGAUACACGACUUUCUCAAGAUUUACAAAGUUUUCAUUC